AUGGCGUCAACUCAAGAAACUUCCGCCCCCCCUGCAGGGGACGCGAAUACUGUCGUGGAACCGAUACCAGAUCCCGAUGCCGAUGGGGAUCAGCCAGCCGCGCUAGUAAAGAUGUACCAUGACCCACAAUUCUCGGAUAUCAAAGUCUUUGCCGGUGAGGAUAAAGAGUGCUUUGAUCUUCACCGUGUUAUUCUUGCCGCACGUUCAAAGUAUUUCGAACUGGCCUGCAAGGGGCAUUUCGAGGAAGGGAGGGCGAGAGAGAUCUAUCUACCAGAUAUUAAGCCCAAAACCUUCACCGUAGUUGCUUUAUGGAUGUACGGUGGAGGCUUUAAAUACCCCGACCCUUUCGACAAAGCUCUUAUUCAGGAUGUAUUCAUCGCUGCGGAUUACCUGCAAAUCCUCCCGUUGAAGAAUGCGAUCAUAUCUGCGGUGGAGGAGAAAUUCUGGGAUAUGCCUAACCGGAAUGUCGGUGAUGCUUACGAUAUGUUAGAGACCUUUUGUGCGCAUUCGAAGUUUACGGAUUGGGGGAAGUUUAGGUUGAUGGUGGCAAGUACGCUUCAUCGUUCCUAUAUGGGCCCUCAGCGUAUUCUACGACUAGCGAAAAAUGGAGCAGAGUCCUCGUUGUUGAUGGGUCUCAUUAUCGAGGCAUUUCAGAAUAGAAUAAGAGGUCUUGUAUGUUCUAAUUGUCAGACUAAUAAUGACCGUACUACUAGUACGUCUGCUGAGGUCUGUAUCGGAGCCUAUUGUAACAGGAAUUGCUUAGGUCCUGCCAAUGUCAACCCUUUUGAUUGA